AUGCCUAAUUUUUUUGAAAAUGCAUUUAAAGAAGGAAUUUGUUUUAUGGAACAGAAGUUAUCAAAAACUGAAUUAAAUUUAACAAUUAUUGAAUGGUUACGAUUACAAGACUAUAGAAUAGAACCAAAAGAUGGAACUUUAAUGCUUCCAGGUCAAAUUCAUCCUGGUUUAGGUAUUGGUCAUGAAAUUGAAGAGAUGUUAAUGGAUUUUAUUUCUCGGAAAGGAAGAGAUGGAUCAUUGAAUACACCUGAACAUUGGUACAAUGCAUAUCUUUAUUAUAUGCGGUCUCAUUUUCACUUUUUGAAUCCUGCAUUCGAAGGGAUUUUUCGUUCAAUCAAUGCAAGUAUAAAAAAAGAUAUUGAAGAACAUAGAUUAACAGGAGUGGCAUGGGCUAUUGCACAAGGGAAGCUCUAUCACAAACCAACAAAGGAACAAAUUAUUUGGGUAGCUUUAGAACAAGUUUAUCCAUUAUCUCAUCGAAUGAAAAAUUAUUUUGGUCAAGAAUAUACAGAAAUAGUAAUGAGAAAUUAUCAUCCGAAAGAUUACUUCAUUGAUUGGGAUGAUACAUUGACUAAGUAA